UUGGCUAAUUUUAACCUGCCAGUUGCAAGAGCACAGUGACUGAAAGUAAUGCUAUAAAACCAAAGAGAGGAAACAACACGUCUGCAGUGGAACCUUGGAUUACUAAACGUCUGAUUCAAAGUCCUGUAGAUAUGAGUCAUCGAUCUCGCGCCUCCAAGGUGCGACAGCACGUCCACUGUGACUCCUGCUACAGCCGGCGCUGCAGGGCUCGGGUGGAGGCCUCCGUGUGCUGCGCAGUCAUCCCCUGCCGCCUGCACUGCGGAGCUCUCUUCCACCUGUGCAAGGAGGAGGAUCACCUGCUGCUCUGCCCCACCGUGAGGGUGCCUUGCCUCAACGCCGGGUUCGGCUGCCCCGUCCAGCUGCCCCGCUCCUCGCAGGCGGCUCACCUCCGGGUGUGUCCGGCCAGCGUGCUGUGCUGCACCAUGGACUGGCUCCGCUGGCCGACAGACGACACAAACCCACACAGCAACAUCGCUCUGCAGGAGAAUGUGCUGAAGGAAAAUGAGGAGGGGCAGGGGGAGGCUCUGGAUUUUGCCAUGGCCCUGGUCGAUCAGUCAGACCUCUAUGGGCGCCUGAAGAUGAGGCCCCUCUAUCCAGAGCUGGUAGAGGACGAAGAGGAGGAGGAAGUAAAGGAGGAGAAGAAAGAGGAGACGGCAACGGGAGGGUUCGCCAAUGGUGUCACAAACAAUGAUGCCAAUGAAGCAGGAAACAGCUCCUGCGUGAAUAAUGUGGAAGAGACAGAGCAGAACCGCGGCGGGCCAGUCCUCGGCAAAGAGAAACUCAACCUGUUGGAGAUGAUGUUCAGCAUGGAGAGAGGUGCCUGCGCCGUCGCUCAGGCAAACCUGGACAAUCCCAAACAAAACGCAGUGCCCGGUGAAAUGGCCCAGGACAAAGACACAGACAAGGAUGGGGAAAGCUGCCUUCCACCGGACACAAGUAGGUCGGGGCAUGCCCCGUGGCAGGAGGGGGUUUUGGAGCGCCUGAGGCAGGAUCUCACCCCGCAGGAGUACAACAUGUAUGUGGUGCAUCACGGGCGCAUGCUGCUCAACUUCGGACAAAUCGCGGCCUGCACGCCGAGGGAGAAAGACUUUGUCUACGGCAGCCUGGAGCCUAUUCCUGUCCAGACUUUACGCUCUUUUAAGGUCCCUGACAGCUAUCACUACAGGCAGCGGGUCAAUCUGUACGACACGACCGCGAGGGCCCAGAGUGAGCCUCGCGGCGUGGACACGUCUGACCUCGGGGUCAGCGAAGAGGCCUGGUUCAGUGACGAAGCCGCAGCCACACUGCUGGGAUACGCCGAGGAGGAGGUCAUGGGUCACAAGAUCAGCGUGUCAAAGGGAGCCGACGGGCUCUACGUCGACGUGGGAACGCAGACGCACUCGUUCCGCUCGGCUCCGUUCAAAAGGAAGACGACCCUGGCCGAGGUGAUGGUGGACCGACCACAGAGGCUGCAGCUGCAGCUGCAGGCGGAGAGCGUGAACAGCAGACACAGCAGAGCCAGCUGCGUCUUCACCUUCCUCUGUGGUCACACCUUCCACCGCAGAGAGUUCGCCACACAUUUCAGGAACAUCCACAGCGACAUCCAGACAUGUCUGAGUGGCUGGUUUGAGCAGAGAUGCCCCCUAUCGUAUCUGGGAUGUACCUACAGCCAGAGGAGGUUUCAGCCCUCCACCCAUAAGGCCACCGUCACCUACAAUCAGCAGCUGAGGACUUUCAACUUGCGUCCGACCGUGGUAGCCUCACUGGGUGACGCCUCCCAGCCUCAGAAGGAGAGAGGAGGUCGGACAGGAGGAGGGGAGGACUCUCUGAGCUCGCUGCCCUACGAGGUGCUGUGUCACAUGGCCACUUUCCUGGACGGCCUGUCCCUGUCCCAGCUGGCGCUGGUGUCCCGGCUCAUGAGGCAGGUGUGCUCCUCUCUGCUGCAGGAGAGAGGGAUGGUCACCCUCCGCUGGGAGAGAAAGACCUACUCACAUGGAGGAGCCAAGUGGAGGGCCAAACCUGUAUGGGAGUUCAGUCGCCUCUUCUCCUCAGUGGAUUCGUGGCAUAUGUCUGACAUCCCUCCUAUAUCUGCUCACCUGAAGGUCUGUCCGUACUAUGAGACCUCUGUGCACAGAGAGCCUGUUCCCUUGCCCAGCAUGAGUGACAAGCAGAGCUGCAGCCAAGAGAGAAUGAGUCUCGUCAACCUUUUCACAGGAAACAGAUGAAAAAAAAACAAUUGUAUCCUA